AUGGGAAGGCUACUUGGGCUGGAACUGUACAAUUUCAAGUCGUACCGCGGGGUCGUUAAAGUCGGGUUCGGUGAGUCGAAUUUCACGAGUAUUAUUGGGCCCAACGGGUCCGGGAAGUCCAACAUGAUGGACGCGAUCUCGUUCGUGUUGGGUGUGCGGUCGAGUUACCUGCGGUCCAGUGCCGUAGCGGAUUUGAUCUACAGAGGGGUCGUUCCAGAAGAGGAAGAUGACGGUGAGGGUGAGGGUGACGGUGACGCCCAUAGGGCGUACGUCUCCGCUUUCUACUCUAAGGGCCCACAGGAAUCUACCGUCGAGUUGAAAAGAACAAUUUCGAAAAAUGGCGACUCGACGUACCAGAUAGAUAGGCGGCAGGUCACUUACAAACAGUACUCGGAGUUUCUGGAGUCCCAAAACAUAUUGAUCAAGGCGAAGAAUUUUCUGGUGUUCCAGGGGGACGUCGAGCAAGUCGCAUCGCAAUCCCCUCUGCAACUUACAAAGUUGUUUGAGGAAGUGUCUGGGUCUGCACAGUACAAGAAGGAGUACGACUUGCUCAAGGAUCAACUGGAACAACUGAGCCAUUCGGCGACGGAGUCCAUAAAGGACAGAAGAAGAGUCCACAGCGAGUUGAAAUCGUACAGAGAGGGUGUUUCCAAGGAUGAGGAGUACAAGAAAAACUUGGAGAACAAGAAAGAACUAGAAAAGAUAUUUGCAAUGUGGAAACUGUACCACUUGCAAAUGGGUAAAGAUAAAUUGCUAGCAGAUAUGGCCAAUACAGAAUCGACAAUGAGUAAACUGAGGAAAGAAAUCAGGACAAGGGAGGCCACUUUACAGAAAUCGAAGGCCUCUUUCGCAAGUGAGACUGCAGCACUGCUGAAACUUAAGAAUAAAUUGGAUUACAAAGUUAGAGACAGGGAGAAGGUUUUGUCGGACAUAAGACUGAUAAAGCUACCUCAGCGGGCCACUGCGAACCGUAUUAGGAACAUCGAGAAAAGAAUUGAUCUGCUACAGAAUGAACUGCGCAGACAGGAGUCGUACGUAGCCAGAUUCGAAACACAACUGGAAGUGGCCACUAAAACGAAGGUUUCCUUUGAAGCAGAGCUGAAAAGAACUGCAGGUGACGAAAAUCGCUAUAGAUUGACAGACGCAGACCUUGCCCUGUACCAGGAGUUGAUGGGUAAGUAUCUCUCCGAGGGCAACGGUUCUACCAUCGAGGAAAAACUUGCCCUUUUGCUAAACGACAAGCAGGAAGUGGAUGACGAACUGGAUAGGUACUACAGAAUGACCGAUGUCGCCAAGUCGCGGAUAAACGAGGAACUACAAGUGAACCUGGAGAAAAUAGAGAUGCAGGCUACCGAGUUGUCCUCCUCAUUGAAUGAAAAGAACGCUCUCAACGCAGAGAACUUGAAGGAGUUGAAGAACUUGCAAUCAGAAAUCGAAUCAAGGGGCAAACAAGAGUACGACCUUAACUACAAACUGAGGGAAACCCUCGUGAAAAUUGACGAACUAAGUGCCAACCAAAGGGAAACCGUCAGAGAAAGGAAGCUAAGGGAAAAUGUGGUCUCUCUGAAGAGGCUGUUCCCAGGUGUGAAAGGUAUCGUCAGCGACCUGUGUCACCCAAAGAAGGAUAAAUACUCUGUGUCGGUCGCUACGGUCCUGGGGAAAAACUUCGACUCUGUGAUCGUGGAUAGUCUAUCUGUGGCCCAAGAGUGUAUCGCCUAUCUAAAAAAACAACGUGCCGGUGUCAUAUCAUUCAUCCCACUGGAUACUGUCGACUCAGCGGUGGCAACGUUGCCAAGCGUAAACAUCCAGGGGUAUUUGCUAGCCAAGAACGCAAUGGAGUACGAAUCGCAGUACGAACGGGCCAUAAACUAUGUGUGUGGCGAUGCAAUCAUCUGUGAUACACUGGACCUUGCGAAGAAACUGAAGUGGGACCACGGAUUCAAGAAUAAACUGAUAGCACUCGACGGUUCGUUGAUUCAUAGGGCCGGGCUAAUGACCGGUGGUAUAUCCAAAGAUGGUAACAACAGGUGGGAUAAAGAGGAAUACCAAAGUUUGAUGACUUUAAAAGACAAGAUCCUACAACAGAUUGAAGACACGGCUGCGUACGGCCGCUCAGCGUCCAUCCAGGCAAGAGAACUUGAGAGUAAUAUCUCUCUGCUGAACGCAGAAAUUGCAAGCAUCCGGACUCAAUUGACACAAAUAAACAGAUCCAUUGAGGAAAAUAAAGUCGAAAUAAACCAUCAAAUUCAUUUGGUGGACAAGGAGUAUUCCCCCAUGAUUCUUUCUCUGAAGAAAAAGAAAGAGUCAAUUUUGAAACAGUCUAAUGAAUUAACGGAGGAAAAGGACAGGGUUCAAGUUGUCAUUUUCAAAGCGUUCACUGAUAAGGUUGGAUUCAGCGUCAGGGACUACGAGAGUCAUUCCGGCGAGGUGAUGAGGCAAAACGCCAAAGAAUUGCAACAGCUGCAGAAGGAAAUAUUAACCGUGGAAAACAAGUUGCAAUUCGAAAGAGAAAGAUUAGAAUCGACAAGGGGGCGCUUGUUGAAGGCCGAAGAGGACAUCAAAAAAGCACAACUUGAACUCUCGUUGUUAGAAGAACAAGAAAAAAAAUACCAUACUCAAAUUAAACCGUUAGAGGAGGACAUUUGCUCCUUUGAGAAGCAAAUCGAGGAAAAGGAAACUGAAAUUGAGGGGAAGAAGCUCGAGAUAAACAACAAGGAAGAAUCCUUGAAUGAAGUUCAGUCGAGUGUCGAAGCUGUGAAGCGACAACACGAUGAGAUAAGUACAGAUAUCGAGAACCUUGACUUGGAGAGAAUUGGCAUCCUGCGUAAUUGCAAGAUUUCCAAUAGAGACCUUCCAAUCCUUUCUGAAACAAACUUGGCUGAUGUACCAAUUACCUCGAAUGAACAAGGAGAUGCUAUAAAAAUGUCGAACGAGAUUGAUAUCGACUACGAAGAGUUGCCCACGAAGUACAAAGAGAGCUCGUCCAAGCAAUUGGAAAAAGAAUUGACACGGAGCAUCGAGGAGGUGAACGAAAUGUUGGAGAUAUUGCAACCCAAUGCAAGAGCAGUUGGCAGAUUCGAUGAAGCUCAGGAGAGAUUCAACGCCAUUGACAACGAGACCGAGCGCUUGAAGUCCGAAGAGAGAAAAAUUUAUGCCCAAUUCCUAAAGACAAAGAAAAAACGGAAGGAAUUGUUUGACCGUGCCUUUGACUACGUGAGCACACACAUAGACGGAAUCUACCGAGAACUGACCAAGGACCCGAACUCCACGGCGGAGCUCGCGGGGGGUAGCGCCUCGCUCACGUUGGAGGACGAGGACGAGCCCUUCAACGCAGGAAUCAAAUACCACGCAACGCCUCCUUUAAAAAGAUUUAAGGAUAUGGAGUAUCUUUCCGGUGGUGAGAAGACCGUCGCCGCGCUCGCGCUGCUGUUUGCGAUAAACUCGUACCAACCGAGCCCAUUUUUCGUGCUCGACGAAAUCGAUGCAGCGCUGGAUAUCAAGAACGUCGAGAGAAUAGCAGCAUACAUCAGGAAACACGGUAAUCCAAGCUUACAGUUCAUCGUCAUCUCGCUGAAGAACUCCAUGUUCGAGAAAUCAGACGCCCUCGUCGGGGUCUACAGAAGACAGCAAGAGAACUCGUCACGGCUAGUCACCCUAGACCUGGGCAAGUACGCUGAUUGA